AGGUUUUGUCUAAAAACAGAUAUUUUCAAUCAAGUGACUCAGAAGCUAUUCACAUAAAGCUAUAAAGUUUCAAGUGUUUUCCGUUUUACGCAUCAUUGUAAGUCCAGAAUCAAAUAACAAUGUCUUUCUAUUUUUAUCUCCGACCACCAGUUCAGUUGCUCUUAGAGAAAUCAAAUCAAGACAAGAAAGACGAUAAACCAAAUCAAGAAAAGAAAGCAGAGAAGAAAAGAAAACAUUCUUUCUUUCGUCUACAUCUUAAAAAACAUGACAAACCUGCAAAAAUUCAAACAUUUACCGUUCACACAACAAUGGGUCAAACUCUGUCAGAGCCAGUUACAGCGAAAGAUACUUCUUGUUGCCAAAAUUCUAUCUUUCAGGUGGGAUCUAGUUGUAUGCAAGGAUGGAGAAUAAACAUGGAAGAUUCUCAUACACAUAUACUGUCUUUACCUGAUGAUCCAAACACUGCCUUUUUUGCAGUAUAUGAUGGGCAUGGUGGGUCUAAGGUAGCAGAGUAUGCAGGUAAACACUUACACAAAUAUAUUAUUAAUCGGAAAGAAUACAAAGAUGGGGACAUCCCCCAAGCAAUGAAGAAAGCAUUUCUCGAGCUAGAUUCUCACAUGCACGACGAAGAUAGUCUGAAACAAGAAGCUUCAGGUACAACUGCGAUCACGAUCCUCGUGAAAGAUAACAAAUUGUAUUGUGCUAAUGUCGGUGAUUCCCGAGCUGUAGUUAGCAUAAAAGGGCAGGCAGAAGCCCUUUCUGAAGAUCACAAACCUUCGAAUCAGGGUGAGUACGAUAGAAUCACAGCUGCUGGUGGCUGGGUGGACUGCAACAGAGUCAAUGGAAAUCUGGCUCUCUCUAGGGCUCUUGGAGAUUUUGCAUUCAAAAGAAACUCGGAAAAGGGACCGGAGGAUCAAAUUGUUACAGCAUUUCCAGACGUUGUAGAACGCAGUAUUACCUCCGACUGGGAAUUCAUUGUGCUUGCCUGUGAUGGAAUUUGGGAUGUGAUGAGCAACAAGGAAGUGGUCUCCUAUGUUCGAGAGAAUAUCGCCAAUGGUCUGGAGCCCGAAGAAAUCUGUGAAAAUCUCAUGAUGCACUGCCUGGCCCCCGACUGUCAGAUGGCAGGUUUGGGAUGUGAUAAUAUGACUGUUGUAAUUGUCGCCUUAUUGCAUGGAGAGACAUAUGAAAAGUUGCAGGAGAGAUGUAAAGUACCUCCGGAUGAACAAGAGGAAGUCACAAAUAUCAAAGAUACUGAAAACGAAAAUAUUUAGUGCUCCGGGAGACAUUUUGUUUAAGGGAUGGGUAUUGAUGUGAUUCUUACUAAAUUGUCUAAAAUGAUUUCUGUCACAAUUAUUUUGAUCUCAAAGGCACCAUUGCCAAAACCGACCACAAUCUUGUAAGCCUACAAAGUUUCAGUGAAUCAUGGAUGAAGUUUGGAAUGAAAUUGUGACUUUUUUUUCUCGCAGAUAUUGUUACUAUUGAUGCUGUAUUCUAUUUGAAAUUUUUUGUUAUAAUCUCUUUAUUGAUAGUUGAAAUUUCAUCACUUUCAAAUAAAUAAUUGAAUUGGGUGUCACGUUGAAUAAUUAUAGUAAGUUUUGUAUUAAGUAAUUGAGUUAAUAGAUGAUUCACUUGGUUUAUAAGAGAUCAAAUUCUAUUGAGUAGAGAAACUUUCCAUUAAGCCACUUUUGAUUUGAAAACAAUUUUUCAAUCAGAGUAUUAACCUGUUCCAAAGUCGAACUGAAUAUUGAUCUCUGAGGUGUAUUUAGUUUGGAUGGAUUAGGUACAGAUUAUAAAUAAAAAUUCAGUGAUAUGAAUAAAAUUUAUCAAAUGUUGAGGUAUAUUUUCUAAACUGAGGAUCAUCAGAGAAUUCACAAUUUUGAAUAUUGGAUUAUGUAGAUAUCAACAUUAGUGAAUACUUCGAAGGAUUUUCGGAUAUACCAGUUUUAGGGGUUGAAAGUUAAAGAUUUCAGUGUUUUUAUGAGCUGAACACUGUCACAAAUCUAUUCUAAAGUGAGAAUUUAAAUCUAUAUCAAAGCUAUUUUCCGGGUUUGUUGGCCAUGGUUUUCAGGUUUUUAUGCCUGACAUUUAUGACUGCACUAGACAUUAUCUAAGAUGAUGACAGACAGUGUUCUGGUUGGUGUUCGAAGCAGAUACCACAGAAUUAAUCUUUGGAUUUAUUCCUUUGGUGGUGAGUGUAGCUUUAUUUCUACAGGUUAAAUUAAAUGACAUGAUAAGAGAGCAAUUAUAUGCAGGUAGCCAGAAUUUAUUUAUGUUAAUAUUAUCCUCUUUCUGGUUGAGAUUGUGCUUCUGAAUUCCUAUCAUUUCCCUUUCUAGUCUUAGAUAGUGUUACUCUGAGUUCUAUCCAUGACUUGGGUCUUUUCACACAUGAUAAUGUGGGUACCUUCUCUAAGUACAUGUUCCCCUAGCGCUGGUUUGUUGGUAUGCCCCCUAGCGACAAUUUCUUUGUUGUUCAAUACCGGGCACUGGAAGAGAAAAUUAAGAUAACUAAAAUUUGGCUGCCUGCACUUGCUUGCUCUCGUAUCAGAUCACUUAAUUAAUCCAAUAGGAAUGAAGUCACACCCACUACCAAUGGUAUAAAUUUGGAGACCCAAACCAAUGCUGUGUUGGACAACCAGAACACGUCUAUUGUCUUAUGACCUUUGAAAACCACAGUCAACAAACCCAGAAAAUAGCUUUGGUACAAUUAGUAAAUGGUUGUUGAACUUUUGCCAUUGAAUUUGAUGAGGCUCGAAAAUUAUUUUCAACUUACGUUUUACCAACCAAGAUGUUAUUCUAAAGUAAUAACUAUUAUAAUAAUCUGAUGGCAAUUUAGUCGACAAAACUGACAACAAAAAAAACAACUUUCAACUUGUUUUAUUCGAUCAUAUUGAAAAAAGGCUCAUUCAUGGUUCAUCAAUGAAAAACAGCAUAUUUAAAACAAAUCAAUACACAAGUAAUCAGACUAUUGAAUUGUUUAAUUUUGCAGUUCGGUUGGCAGAUCCAAACAAGUACAGUCUGUACUGAAAUAGAAAGAUCUAAUUUAGUUGUAUUGAAAAAAAGAGUACUGUAACUGAAAUUGUAUUACUGAAUGACUCAAAAAGCCAUCUCUUUGAAGUAAAUCUAGAAAUAUAUUUAAAUAAGAAAACACUGCUGAUUAUUUCGAGACUUUAAUUUCAUUAAACAAAUUGGUAGACAGUUGAUUUUUUAUUCAUUUGUUAUGGAACUCAAAACAAUGUGUCUCCAAAUUCUUUCCUUUUAUCUAUAUCACUGAUUAUUUAACCCAAAUGUAACGGUCUAUUGUAAAUAAAACAAAAUCGCACUGUGUUCUUUCGACUUCGUGUAUAUAAAUAUGUACAUAUUAAGGAUAUUUUUUACCUAUUCUGAUAUAUUUCUUGUGUAAUUUGAAUGUGUGCAUACAUCUAUUUUCAUUAUGAAUUAACUGAGGAAAAUUUUUUGGCAUAAUUGAUUUGUUAUAUCUAUAUAGCUUGUCUGUUUCUUUAGGGAAUAUAAGAGUUCUUCCAGUUUUAUUUUUUCUCAUAAAAGAUAAAAACAUGCCAUUAGUUGGUUCUGCUUUUCUCUUUUGGAUUGAAUUAUCACAUGGUUGUCACUUGAGGAAUGUUAGGUAAUGAAGACUUUCAUGGUGAAUAACAAUUCUUUUAACGUAACGGCAAACCCGAAUGGAACUUUUUGUUUCAUUUUGAUGUAGAAAUUACAUAAAAUAUGUCAAUAUCCAAAGCUAUACCUUUUUUGUUCUUUAUGAAAUUAUCUACACACUAUUUUUUGUUCCUUAUAAAAUUAGCCACAAUAGAUGUUGAUUACUAGACACGUUUUCAUUUGUGGUUUCUCCAAUAGAUCUGAACAUAAUAUUGUGCUACAUAAAAUUGUUUUCAAUCCUAUACUACCAAUAAUUUCUUGAAUAGUUAUGCGCCGAUUAUAAAAUUGAUUGAUCUUCAGGAGUCCAAGAGAAGUGGUGAAGAAGUUUCAUGCAUUUGAAAUAAGGCUAAGUUUUAAUGUUUGAUCCCAGUGAUUCAUGUAGAAGCCCUUAUUUAAAAUAUGCCACUUUGCUGUAAAUAUGUUCAAAUAUGAACCCUGGGUCCCUGGUAGUCCAAUUGAAACGAGAUUCACAUUUUUAUGCUCAAUUUCUUUUUGUAAUUUCAUAUUUCUUUGACAGGGCCAUAUCCAGAGAAUAGAGAGUAAUCAAAGAAACUAGAUCCAAAACAUAUUUUUGGAAAACUUGAAAAUUAUCUAAAAAAAAUAUACGUUUUAUUUUAGCUUUGAUUUCAGAUGUAUAAUGACAUAAGUUUAUCUAUCAUUGACUGUGUGUCUUUCAGAGUGUGUUCACAUUCCAUAUGAACCACAUGAAUUAAUUAUUUAAGUUGAGAUUCUUCAUAUUUGCCGAUGUCUCCCUCUGGGGAUACACAUCCUGAAUACGUCCCUGAUGACUCAUACAAAUUUCCCAUUCCUCAAAUAAUCAAAAUUGAGUCUGGAAAACCUGGAAAAGUUGGUGUAUUUCCAACAAGCAAGUUUGUGGCAACCCUGUGUCAUUAUCCUUGUAAUUUGCUGAUAUUUGAAAUUUUAUUGUUGAUAAAGGCGGCCUAAAAUGAUCAAGCAUGUUUUCCAAAAGUUAGAACUAAUAUAUGACUAAUUUUACUGGAAGAAUUCCCUCAGUGUAUCUAUGCUUCUUAUUUUCAUAAAUUUGUAGUGUAUAUCAAUUUCAAACUGCAAAUGCACCCCUUUUGUACCAGUGAAUACAUUUUCCAAAGAGGCUCUCGUGUGAUACAUUAAUCAAAUACAUCCUUAUGAUGGAGUUGCUAGAAAUGAUUGUAUUCCGAUACCAAUAGUUUGAGCAAAUGAAAAUCAUUCGACUGUGAAUCGUUCAGCUUUAUUUUUAUCUCCUUGCUUAGUGUGUUGAUAAACAAAGGCAAUGAAAAUUAAAUCCAGACUAAAUUGAAUAAUCCUUAACUUUUAACUGAACUUUCUUUUCUGUAAAACUUUCCACACAUCAAGAACUGAUUUCAGAAAUAUACUGUAUAUUUGUUGAUGUGUAACACUCUGAUUAGUUAAUAAUAAACAAGACUUUCCACAAUCUGAAGAAUGAUACGUCCAGAUCAGUAGAUCUGUGCAAGUAUAAUUGAGGUAAAACUGAAAAUUACUAUGUAAUAAACAAAUUCAAACAAAAACUUGUAACUUGUACUUAUAGAUUUUUGUCUACCAAAUAAGAUGAUUGAAUAUAUUUUUGUACAAAACGUUUAAGUUUUGGAAAGCAGUCUUUUUCUGUUUCAAUAUCUGACAUUCUGUUUGGAAAUCAACUUGAAACAUUUUCUGUCUAUGAGUGGUGUCAAGGGAAUGUGAAUGCCUAGUUAAACUGAAUUCUUGGGUAUUGUACUACUACUACAAUGUCUAUUAUAUCUUAUUCAUACCACUGACGUUUCGUCUACUACUGCGGUAGACGUGCCUUUGAUAAUGUCUAUCGCAGUAGUAGCCGAAACGUCAGGCAUAAAACCUGCAGACUAUGGUCCAAAAAACCCGGAAUAUUACUUUGGCAUAGUUCAGGUUCAUAGUUGUAUAUAUUUUCAAAAACAUGUGAAGACGUACUUUCUUCAUUAUAUUCUUCAAAUCAUAAUAAUUCAAAAAAACUAAGUGAUUUAUUAUGAUUUUAUAUAUAAAUAAUAUAAAUAUGAUAUUAUAUUUUUAUGAUUUAGUAUAAGUAGUCAACAUGUCGAAGGGACUCUUAUGGCAUUUUGUUUUGGAAGAUCCGUCUUGAUUUCGAGUCAUGCUGAUAGAAUAAACUAUUCUAACUUGAACAUUGCUGUGAGGUUUAUAGGGAGGUAAAAACUUCAAACAGUUGUUGAAAUUUAUCUGCUCGAGGAAAUGUUUUAUUCAUUAUAUGAAUACGGACCUUACAUGUGAUAUAAAUUUGAAAAGUCAUUUGUUUUUGGGCUAAUUAUAUUUUCGUUGAACAUUUCGAAAUGGUAAUCAUUGAUAUUCUGAAUAUGCAAUGCAUUCAGACAUUACCAAUUUUUUCAACAAUAUUUUGAAUAAGUUUAAGGCAAAAUUUGCACCAAUUUAUGCUUUGAGUAUAAUGAAAUUAUGUAAAAAAUGGAUUCACCCUUUGAAAUGGAAUUUCUUACACUGAUAAAAAUAGAGUUGAACCAUACAUUGUUAAAAAUAUAUAAGCUGGAUCUGAAUGUACUAUGUAAAUGCCGGGCUGAAAUUACCAACACUACCUAAAUGAAUUUCUGACAAUAACUACAUUUUCGAUUUCAACCACUAAGCAUUAGACAUUACGAACCCAACAGAUCAGAACAUUUUCACAUUUGUGCUUUCUUGUUCAUUUAUAAGCUUCUUUUUUGUAUAAUAGGCUGUAGAUGAUUUCAUAGGUUUUUGUGAUAGCUAUCAUUGUAAACAUAUAAAAAUAAAACUAUUUUUAGUAAGACUGUUGUAGUGAAAUUAGUGAUUAAACACUUAGUUGACAAA